UCCUGGGGCGGUGCAGCAGCUGGCAGGUGGAUUGUCUGGGCCGGGACUUGGACCCUGAACCCCACAGGACGGCUCUGCUACCGGCCCCGAGGUUACAUAAGUGGAAGGAAGUGGGCAGUCGUGCGUUAAAGAAUAACCUGCGCCCAGGAGGCACGCCAAGCAGCCUCAGCCGCUUCCUGGCUCUGGCAGCUCCUAGAGCACGGCAGUGGGGAAGCCGGCCGUGCCUGGCGGCGGAGUGUGCUGGCGCGCGGCGCUGGCCAAAGCCCUGUGAGCGGCCCGGCCCUUCGCUGGCCCGCGCUGGAGCGCGGACCCGGACUGGCGGGUGGGGCGGGGCGGGGCCGGGGCGCGGGCCAAAAGAGCGCUGCGAGGCCCCUCCGAGUGUUGAUGCCACGCGCCCGCCAAUGGGCGCGCUUGCCGGGCGGGCCGGGGCAGGAGGCGUGGCUGGCGGGCGGCGCGGCGCGGGCGGCCGAGGGAUCUAGGGCGGGGGUCGGCGGCCCAGCCCGGCCCGGCCCGGCCCGGGGCCACGACCUAGGAGUACGCCCUCGCCGCUGCAACCUGGGCGGCCAGGCGGCUGGGCGGCCAUGGAGUCCGAACGCCCCCCGGGGCCGGGUCGGGCCCGCGAGCGCCCCCCGCCCCACGCCGCCGGCCGGGACCCUGUGGCUAUGGCCGCUACAAACCCGCGUGCGAUGAGGGCCGAGGCGCGGUGGCCGAACGCGGAAGGCCUGUGCCAGCGCGCCGUGCGCGCGCCAGUCCCCGCGCCGCCGCAGGGCCCGCCCGUGGGCAGCGGUGUUGCGGGCUUGGAGUUUCCGCUGCCGCAGGAGCCGCAGGCCGCGAACCCAGGGACUCCAGGGACUUGGGCGGGGGCCGUGGCGGGGCGGCGGACGCCUUCGGCGCAAAUCCCCGUACCAGCGCAGAGAGCCCCCCCAGGAAAAGCACGGUUGGACGAGGUCAUGGCUGCGGCAGCCCUAACAAGCCUGUCCACCAGCCCCCUCUGUCUGGAGGCCCCAGCUACAGCCUUCAGCCCAGAGCCCAGCCCAGACGUGUGGAAGGAAGGUCUAGCACGGCCACCAGGCAGUUACAGCAGCAGCAGUAACAGUGGCGACUGGGGCUGGGACCUGGCCAGUGACCAGUCCUCUCCAUCCACCCCAUCGCCUCCACUGCCCCCCGAGACAGCCCACUUUCUGUUUGGGGAGCCUACCCUGAGGAAGAGGAAGGUGAGCUUGGGGGGAGCCCCCAAGGGUGGGGUGGAGCCACGCACUGUAGCUGACCCCAGGCUCCUGUUACCCCAGAGCUCGGUCCAGGUCAUGUUCCAGUGCCUGUGGAAGAACUGUGGAAAGGUGCUGAGCACGGCUUCUGGGAUGCAGAGACACAUCCGCCUGGUGCACCUGGGCAGACAGGCGGAGCCAGAGCAGAGCGACGGUGAAGAGGACUUCUACUACACAGAGCUGGACGUCGGUGUGGACGCACUAACCAAUGGGCUGUCCAGUCUGACUCCCAUGACCCCCACAGCCACAGUGCCACCGGCCUUCCCCCAUCUGGAGCUGCCAGAGCUGCUCAAGCCCCCAGCUCUACCCAGUCUGCUGCAGCCCCUGGCCUUGGCCCUGGCCCCGCCCCCCAUGCUCAACUCUGUAGCUCCCCAACAGGUGUGCCACAGUGACCAUGCCCACCAGGUGGGUGAGGCCACAGGUGGUGGCUGGGAGCAGGUCUCAGGGCGCUGUGGAGAUGAGCAAGGUCCAGGCUACAAUUCCCCUCAGGACUUGGUGGCACCCAUCCACCUGGAGCUUCGGGCCACUGAAGUCCGAGCCUGUACACCAGCCUUGCCCUCUAAGCUUGGUGCCAACCUAAGGAAGCCCCGUGGUGAUGCCAAGAAGUGCCGGAAGGUGUAUGGCAUGGACCACCGGGACCUGUGGUGCACAGCCUGCCGCUGGAAGAAAGCCUGCCAGCGGUUCCUUGACUGAGCCCCACCCACUGGUGUUGCUGCACAGCCCAAGGCUGGGCAACCCUGGGAGUGCCCCAGGUCCAGGCCUGUUUAGGCUGUCGCGUCUGCUUUCUCCUUUGGGAGGGACUGGGUAGUUGUUGAUCCUGGACUUCCAGAGCUGUGGGCGGGGUCCAGCCACUCAAAGUGCCUCUGAAGAAACCAGCUUUUUGCACUAAAGAUAAACCAUACUGCUGCCCUCUUGGCCCCAGGGGCACUGCCCUUCCUCCCUGCUACCCCACAGCUCUGUCAAGGAUGUCAGUGGGGCCAGUCUGAGAUGCACUUUGAGGGGUGUCAGGAAGGGAACUCUCCCACCCGCACAUUUGUGAUGGCUUCAGGCCCUGGGGCUGAUGUUUUACCACGUUCUUGAAGCUCAGGUGUCUCACGUCUGGGCCCUACCAGGUGAGAAUUAAACAUUUGGGGUUUUUCCAGAA